CAUUUCCCAAUGGCCCCAGCGGGAGCUGGGCCGUCGCCCCUUUGUGUCCUCCAGGAGCCCAGGCAACAGAGUCGCUUCUUUCCUGGCCCUUUCCCCUGAGGCUAGAUUUCGUGAGCCUAAGGGCUGCGGGUGUGGAGGAGAUUCCAGAGCCUUCCGGGCAGAAACGGGACUUCCCCGCAGUUCGUUCUGCGGGCGCGGAGUGGGCCGGGGAGUGGCCAGCGCGCGUCUCCCGGACACCGGCCGUCAGAGCCUCUGAGUGCCCCUCGGAAUAAGACAGUGUUUGCUACGGUACGGCGAGACUGUCUCCCGAUGUGCGAGUCCACGUCGACUGUGGGACAGGGUGCGAGUGAAUCCACGACUGGAGAUGGUGACCUUCAGAGACGUGGCAGUUGACUUCUCCCAAGAAGAAUGGGAUUGUCUGAAUUCUUCUCAAAGGCAUUUGUACAGUCAUGUGAUGUUGGAGAACUAUAGGAUCUUGGUGUCUCUGGGCCUUUGCUUUUCUAAGCCAAGUGUGAUAAUCUUGUUGGAACAAGGAAAAGAGCCAUGGACGGCGAAGACGGAGCUGACAGACAGUUUGUCCACAGACUGGGAGUCUAUGUAUGUGACUGAAGAAUUAAUCCCAAAGCAGAAACUUUAUGAAGAACGGUCAUCCAGAAAGAUAAUAGAAGAACUUAGAAGUAUUGGCCUUGAGUAUCCCAGGUUGAUGGGAGAAUGGAACCAUGAGCAGCAUUUUGAGAGGCAAUCUCAGAAUCUAAAAGCGUAUUUCAAGGAAGAGACCAUCACUUUUGAAGCUCUGGUUGAUAACAGAUCCUGGGGAAGUUUCUAUCAGAACACAUUGCUUCAUGCACAGCAGGCAACCCCCACAGAGGAGAAUGCAUAUAAACAAGGCACACACAAGAAAAGCUUGAAGAAAAGCUUGAAGACUGUUAGGCCCAGGAGCAUCUACACAGAGAAGAAACUUUUGAAAUGCAACGAUUGUGAGAAAGUCUUUAGCCAGAGUUCCUCCCUUACUCUACAUCAAAGAAUUCAUACUGGAGAGAAACCCUACACAUGUAUAGAAUGUGGGAAAGCCUUCAGCCAGAGGUCAAACCUUGUUCAGCAUCACAGGAUUCAUACCGGAGAGAAACCCUAUGAGUGUAGAGAGUGUCCGAAAGCUUUCAGUCAGAAUGCACACCUAGUCCAACACCUGCGAGUCCACACUGGAGAGAAACCUUACGAGUGCGCGGUGUGCAGGAAGGCCUUCAGCCAGAUGGCCUACCUUGCUCAGCAUCAGAGAGUUCACACUGGGGAGAAACCCUAUGAAUGUAUCGAAUGUGGGAAAGCAUUCAGCAAUAGGUCAUCCAUUGCUCAACACCAGAGAGUUCACACAGGAGAGAAACCUUAUGGGUGCAGGGUCUGCGGAAAAGCAUUUAGCCUCCGUGCAUACCUUACUGUGCAUCAGAGGAUACAUACCGGGGAGAGGCCCUAUGCAUGUAAGGAAUGUGGCAAGACCUUCAGCCAAAAUUCACACCUUGCUCAACAUCAGAGAAUUCAUACAGGAGAAAAACCUUACAAAUGCCAGGAAUGCAGGAAGGCCUUCAGCCAGAUUGCCUACCUUGCUCAACAUCAAAGAGUUCACACUGGGGAGAAACCUUAUGAGUGUGUUAAGUGUGGGAAGGCUUUUAGCAAUGACUCAUCCCUUACUCAACACCAGAGAGUUCAUACUGGAGAGAAACCUUAUGAAUGUAAUGUUUGUGGGAAGACUUUCAGUUACUGUGGAUCCCUUGCCCAGCAUCAGAGAAUUCAUACAGGAGAGAGACCCUAUGAAUGUAAAGAAUGCAAGAAAACCUUCAGGCAACAUGCACAUCUCGCUCAUCAUCAGAGAAUUCACAAUGGGGAGUCACUUGCCACCCAAUCCAGGAAAUCACCAAGUCCUGUAAAUCCCAUCUCCUAAAUAUUUCUGAAAUGUAUGUUCUUUUCUGUCUUCAAUGCUGACCACUGCUAUACUGUUCUAAUGGGUUUUCCAGUAUUUAUUAUUACUAUCUUUAAAUCCUUUUCCCAUAAUGUACCCAAAAUGAUUAUAUUUUGAGGUGGGAUCUUGUGUAACUCACACUGGCCUUAGAAUCACUAUGUAGCCAAGGCUGGCCUCGACUCAUUAUCUUCCUGUCUCUGCCCCUCAAGUGCAAGUGCUGUGAUUACAACUAUGUGCUACCACACCUAGCAGAUUUUGUUAAGUAUAAGGAUUCAUGCAUCACCAUCUCCACCUAAAAUUGUUUUUUGAUUGCUGGUGGUUUUAGACAAUCAAGACCCUUUAAAAUUAUAUAUAAGACUUUUCAUUGUCUGGUCCAAACAUACCAUUCAGCUUUAUUUUAUCCCCAUCUCCUUUAGGCACUAGACACUUCUUAAGGCUAUGAGCUUAGGUUCUGGGAAAUCAUAGUUCUACCCCUACUAUGGUAUUGUGUGAGUUUGAACAACUUAUUUGACUUAUCUAAACCUCAGGAUUUAAUCUUAAAAUAGAGAUAUUGAAGGCCACUGUAUUGUGCAAAUGUAUUAAAUGAAAGUGUCUGUUGAAAAUUAAUGCAUACUGAGAUAAGAAAUUUGCAUGCAGAGUACUUACACAUAGGACAUCAGCUAUAGCAGAUACUCAGUAAAUAGUAAUGCCUAACAUGAAUUAGGUAUAUACUAGGCGCCAGGCACUGUUCAGUAUAGUUAGAAUAUUUGAACUCAUUUACUUCUCACAACUGAAACAAGAUUUGUUGAACCUCUUUGGGAAACACCUGAUCAGAAUUGAGAAAACCUAAACAUUUUAGAACAUAAAUGGGAGUUUCCAUCCUCUCUGAAUCAUCAUUAUAGACACAGGGAGUAAAACAAUAAUUGAUUAUUAGUGUUUUACCAAGUUUCUAAAGAGAAUGGAGUAGAUUAAACCAAUAAGAUAGGAUUCACGGGGAAGUAUUCAGCACUUAUAUUUAGAUCAGGAAGAUAGAAUUCACAAUUAACUCUAAAAACAUAAAGCAGAAAUGGGUAGUUCCCAUCAAAAGACACUAAACCUAAGUAAUUAUAUGAGUUAAUUCAGUAUGAAAACAUAUCAAUUGUUUUAUACUUAGAAAAAAAUAUACUUUUCAAGCUUUUAUCAAGUGGUUUCCAAAGUGAAAUCAAAAGUAAAACUACAGAUUUUCAUUUAUUCUGUAACAAUUGAGUAGCUACUCUUUAAGCACCCUGAAGCAUGUGACGUGAACAAUAUGAAUACUACAUUCUCAUCAGUUAAAUUCCAGAGUGUGAAAGGGUUAAUAAUACUUAGAUAUAGAGACAAUACAUUUUAUGACCAGCAUGGUGUCACACACCUUAAUCCCAGCACUCGGUGGGGGCAGAGGCAGAUAGAUCUUUGCGAGUUCGAGGCCAGCCU